AACCCCACCCCCACUUCUCUAACCCCACGUCCUCUUCCGUGUUUCAUACAAACAGUCCAUAUAUAUAUACACAUACAUGUGCUUUAGACCAUAAUCCUUCAACUUUACUUUUCAUUUUUCAUUCAAAAAAUACUACUAUUACAAAUGGCUUCAUCGGAGAUUGUGGAUUCCGGGAGAUUUGCCGGUCAGAAAUCGCAUUUCUCUCAUACAUGUAACUUGUUGAGUCAAUACUUGAAAGAGAAGAAAGGUUCUUUGGGAGAUCUCAGCCUUGAUAUGCAUCGCAAUUUCGAUUCAGCUGGUUCUACUACUAUGGAUUUGUUGCCGAUGAUUGAGAAAUCUGGUGAGUUGGUUCAGAAAUCGAUGAAUCUGUUCCCUCAAGGUGGAAUGAAGGCUGAGUCGGAACCGGAAAAGGCACAGAUGACGAUAUUCUAUGGAGGUCAAGUUAUUGUGUUUAAUGAUUUUCCGGCUGAUAAAGCUAAGGAAAUCAUGCUUAUGGCUAGUACUAGCAAGGGAAACAAUCCUGCUAAACCAUUGGAAUCUGCUGCCGAUUUGGUGGUUCCGAGUUUCGGAAAAACUUCCAUCCAGGAAAAUCAAAUGCCUAACCAGCCAAUUGUUUCUGAUUUACCUAUUGCGAGAAGAGCUUCAUUAACAAGGUUUUUGGAGAAGAGAAAAGAUAGGCUAACUGCAAAAGUACCUUACCAUAGAGAGGAAGCAGCAGCUCCUAAAAAGGAAGAACACAAGGCGCCAUGGCUGGGAUUGGGUGGUCAAUUUGCAGUGAAAACUGAGCAAUACUAGUUUACCGUUUUUGGCUUUAAUUGCUUGGUAGAAAGAAGCCUAGAUAAUCAAUUACUACAAGUUUAAUCCUGGCUUCAACUCUCAUUGAACCCCCCAUACUUAGAUCUGACUAUUAUUAUUAUUACUACUUUACUGUAAUUAAAACCAAAUAUGGUUGUUCUCUCAAGUUUUUCAUGUGUAAUGAAAUGUUAUCUUCGCUUUGCUUUCAUCCGAA